GAUUUGUAUGAUUAUAUCGCAAACCACAGUACUACUGAUACUUGUUCUAGUAGUUCUGAUGAUUUUAUGUAUUGGGGAUAUUGUAAAUACUUUAAUUCAAUUAAAUCACUAUAUAACAUGUACAGAAUGAAUUGUUGUAAUUAAUUUUGGAAGGAUAUUUGCAAAGAUUAUUUUAAUUGUGAAGAAGACUAUAAUCACUAUUAUUUAAUAAAUAAAUUUUAUUUUGAGAAAAGCAAGUUUUCAAAUUCUCAAAAAAUUCUGUUACACAUAACUCUGAGAGCGAGAAUUUUCAACCAGAAGAAAUCAUUACUUUUAACUCAAUUGGAUACAAUCAGAGGGGUAAGUAAGUAUAGUCAUGUAAGAGCAUACCAAUAACACCAGAAGUUUCUAAAAAAAUAAUUAGGUGUUACUGAAUUUGCGCAUAAAGUGCUAGUGUUCAGUGAUAUAUAAGAAAAAGUAAAUACUGGAAGUAAUAUCUCGGAUAAGGAAAGCAAUGUUUAAAAAUAUGAAAGAAAAGGAGUAGCUAUGUGUUCCUUUUUCUUUAUUAGAUAGAAAGAUUCUUAUAGUUUUUCAAAAUUUGUUGCGUUAGAAGUUUUACAAAAUUCCCCGUCUCCGAUACAAAGCCUAAUAUUAACAGUAGCGGAGGCCCACAAAAGAGGAUCCAAUAAAUUAAAGUUGAAUUAUACAGAAGAUUUAAAAAAAGUUAAAGUUGAUGAUCACAUUUAUAUUUAAGUAAGUUUAAAUAAUAUGUCUAUAUCUAUUUCAUUCUCUCUAGAUAUAUCAGUUGUUCAUAUUCUAGUAGUAAUUAUCGUUUUUCUCCUUUUUUACAGAGUAUAAACAAAUUACAUAUUAAUAUAUAAAUAUUUUUUUACUACCUUAUAUUCAUAGUUACAUAAACGGAAAAAAAAGAGAAAAAUAAAGAGAUAUUCAUGUAAAAAUAUAAGGAAAUCAUCAUAA